UUACCUCUACCAUCAAUCACUACAGCGACCUGCAACACUAACAUGGCUCCCAAGAUCUUCCUCCUGGCUGCCCUUGUGGCCUCUACCCUCGCUAGACCUCAACCCCAGGCCUAUAGUCACCCAGCCCCCGUCCCAGCCCUCGCCCAUGGCCCUAGCUACAGCCGCCCAGCUCCAGCACCUGUGGGUCCUGCUCAGUACGACUUCAACUACGUCGUGAGGGACAACGUCGGUAAUGACUUCGGUCACCAGGAAGCUCGUGACGGCUACAACACCCAGGGUUCCUACUCCGUGCUGCUGCCCGACGGUCGCCUACAGAAGGUGACUUAUUACGUUGAUGGUGACUCUGGUUACGUGGCUGAGGUGACCUACGAGGGUGAGGCCAAAUACCCCGCCUACCAUCCUGCCCCAGCACCUUCCUACCGGCCCGCCCCGACACCCUCCUACACGCCAGCACCUAGCUAUGGCUAAUGUCGUUAAUGGAUAUGAAUAGGUUUUAGGUAGAAAUUAACUUACCGCUAAUAAAAGCAUUAGGCAUCAUUUAUAGCAGCUAUUAAUAAAAGAACAUCACAAGAUAAAA